AUGCAUCAGGCAUUAUGUGACGCGAUUGCUCCCGAGGCACCAGGUGACAGAUCGUUUGAAGAGCUUUCAGAUAUACUGCAAAACUGUUUGGAACCUAUUCCAAGUGUACUUGCUAACCAAAAUAGGUUCAUCAGUAAAGUUCAAGAUACUGAAGAGGGAAUUUCUACGUACGCUCGAGAACUAAAACGUUUGGCAAUUGACUGCGAUUUUAAGUGUUACAACUGUGAACGUUCAGUUUGUGAUAUGUUCUUGAAGAUGCAAUUCAUUCGAGGAUUAAGAGAUAAUGAAGUGAGAGUUAGGCUUCUUCAAGAAAAAGGAAAUACACAAUCAUUUAAGGAAGUGGUAGAAAUGGCCAUUUCUAUUGAACAGUCCAAACUGGAAAGUUAUGCAAUAAAACCUAAGUACUCUCAUUAUGUUACAGAUCAAACUAAGGAUGUUAACUAUGUGAGUAAACAAUCUGGGUUAACAAGUAAGAGUAGAAAUGAAACCAAACCGCAUAUUACCUUUCAAGAUUUAAGAGGUAAAUGUUACAGAUGCGGCAGUACUCAACAUAAAGCUGAUACUUGCAAAUUUAAAAAUGAAUUUUGUAGGAAGUGUAACAAGAUUGGACACAUUGCGAAUGUUUGUCUUACACGCAACAGGGUUAGCAAUGCAAGUGAGAGCGCUUACAAGUUGAAAUCAAAUAAAAUUGAUGUUGAAGAUGACAAUGACAACGUCCAUGAGGUUUACAUGAUGGGUACACCAAACGUGAAUGACAAGUUUAUAAUUAAUGUUUCUAUUGAAGGCAAGUCAUUGAAUAUGGAACUUGAUACUGGAGCGGCUUUGAGCUCAUUAUCAUACAGUGAUUUUCUUAAACUUGAACUUAAUAAACGUCUAUUCAAGACGGAAGUGGAAAUGAGAACAUACACUGGAGAAAUUAUAAGGCCUGUGGGAGUCUGUUUUGUUGAAUGCAAGUACAGAAAUUUCAGUUUUCAUGGGAAGCUCUAUGUUUUGAAACAAAACGUAGACCCAAUUUUUGGACGUGAGUGGCUCCGAGAAGUCAAGAUGGAUUGGGCUGACAUAAAACUUACAGACACUAACACAUCAGAGGAACUUGAUAAACUCCUAACAAACUUUCAAGACAUUUUCAAGGCAGAAAUCGGUGAAAUAAAUUCAGAACAAGGACAUAUACAGCUUAAGGAAGGGGCAAAACCAAUUUUCGUCAAACCACGACAAGUACCUUAUGCUCUAAGAAAAGCUGUUGAAGAUGAGCUACAUCGACUAGAGAGCGGUGGUAUAAUCUCCAAAGUUGAAAACUCACAGUGGGGAACACCAAUUGUUCCCGUAAAAAAGCCUAAUGGAAGUGUAAGGCUCUCCGCUGAUUACAAGGUAACAGCAAACAAACUAAUAUUAGAUGAGAAGUACCCUAUCCCUCGCACUGAAGACAUCUUUACACACAUGAACAAAGGGAACGCCAUUCGGCGACAGGACAAUCUCCAUACUUGCUUAUGUUUGGAAGAAACAUAA